AUGCUGCGAAGUUGGGACCGGAGUGAAAACGCCGGUGCUGUCCCGGCACACAGCCCGUUGGCGGGCAGCGGAUCAGGGUGCCGCGCCGUCCGGGAGAAAUUCCCCCGAGACCCGCAAUGGCUGGCUAUGAGCCAGCAAAACCGACAAGGACUGGAGGUCUUCCUUAGGGGCGGACCGCGGGGCACGCAUGACCCACGGGAGCAGGUCGACCCAGCUGCGGGCAUGCUUCCGCUGCCCCCUGCGGGUUGUACCUUGCAGGGCAUGGUCCAGCUGCCCCCUGCGGGUUGUACCCUGCAGGGCAUGCUUCGGCUGCCCCCUGCGGGUUGUACGCUGCAGGGCAUGCUUCAGCUGCCCCCUGCGGGUUGUACCCUGCAGGGCAUGGUCCAGCUGCCCCCUGCGGGGUUCGACUGGAGUCUGCACUUCAAAUGGGAACAGAUUCCUAUUGAGCAGAAGAUGGCGAGGAGUGAUCCCACCCAGCCAAUCAGGACGCCAGUCAUCGCCGGGGGCAUCUUUGUCAUGGACAAGAGCUGGUUCAACCACCUGGGCCAGUACGAUACCCACAUGGACAUCUGGGGAGGGGAAAACUUCGAGCUGUCUUUCCGGGUGUGGAUGUGCGGAGGCAGCCUGGAGAUCCUGCCUUGCAGUCGCGUGGGUCACGUCUUCAGGAAGCGACACCCUUACGACUUCCCAGAGGGCAACGCUCUCACCUACAUAAAGAACACGCGGCGGGCGGCCGAGGUGUGGAUGGACGAGUACAAACAGUACUACUACUCUGCACGGCCCUCAGCCCAAGGAAAGGCCUUUGGCAGCAUUGCAGACCGCUUGACCUUACGGCGGAAGCUGAACUGCAAGCCCUUCCGCUGGUAUAUGGAGAACGUUUACCCCGAGCUGAGGAUUCCCGAGCAGGAAGCCGUGUCCAGCGUGCUGAGACAAGGUAGCCUGUGUUUGGAGACCCACGGGACGGACGGCCUCGGCCUGGCCGAGUGCAGGGGCACCGGGACCAGCAGGCCUCAGUCGCAGAGAUGGGAGCUAGUGGAGCCGCUGAUCCGGCAGCAGGACCUCUGCCUGGCCAUCACAGCUUUCACGGCAGGGUCAAAGGUCAAAAUGGAGCCCUGCAGCACAAAAGAGCCCAGACAGAAAUGGAGGCCAAAGGGAGCCGCUCUGCAGCACAUGGUCAGUGGCCUUUGCCUGGACAGCCAGCCCCCGACGGGGGCCCUGGCCAUUACUCAGUGUCGCCCCCAGAUGGCCAGCCAGUCCUGGGAGCCGCAGCUUAUAACCUGAACUG